GUGUUCUGUCACGCCAGGGUGUUGUUCUCCGGGACUGCAACUGGAUAGGCUACUAUUGGAGUAUGGGGGCUUGGGUCCAACGGUCCAACUUGCGACACACUGAACUCGGCAACCACGGUCGCCACAAUAUUGUAACGAGUGGUUGUCAGUAUAUUGUAGUUCAUUUAGUAUAGUUAGUAUAUUUUAUAGACAGUUUCACAUAACUUCGUGCUGCUAUGGAGGAGGUGACUGGAGCUCAGUUAAUAGCAGAAGCUCUUAAAGCUCAGAAAGUGGAAUACAUGUUCGGCAUCGUCGGGGUCCCAGUGAUCGAAGUAGCCAUGGCUGCUCAGGCUGAAGGGAUCCGGUACCUGGGGAUGAGGAACGAGCAGGCAGCUUGCUAUGCUGCAUCUGCUAUUGGAUACCUCACUGGACGGCCUGGUGCCUGCCUGGUGGUGUCGGGCCCUGGACUCAUCCAUGCUCUUGGUGGAAUGGCCAAUGCUAACAGUAACUGCUGGCCAGUAGUUGUCAUAGGUGGCUCUUCAGAUCAAAACCAAGAAACAUCUGGGGCCUUUCAAGAGUUUCCUCAGGUUGAAGCUUGUCGCCUGUACAGUAAGUUCUCUGCCAGACCGAGCAGUCUGGAAGCCAUUCCUUCAAUCAUCGAGAAGGCAGUUCGCACCAGUAUGUUCGGCCGUCCAGGGGCCUGUUAUGUAGACAUCCCAGGAGAUAUGGUCAACGCUAAAGUUGAAAGAAAGGAUGUCAGGGUUGUGUCAUGCUGCCCUCCUCCCCCUGUCAGCCUGGCGUACCCCGGGGCCAUCAUAGACGCCCUGUCUGUCCUCAGAGCCGCUAAAAGGCCCCUGGUGGUCAUCGGCAAAGGAGCAGCCUAUGGGCGUGCAGAGGCCUCUCUGAGGGACCUGGUAGAGGUUGGUGGGCUUCCCUUCCUUCCCACACCCAUGGGGAAAGGGGUGCUGCCCGACGAGCACCCUAACUGUGUGGCUGCUGCACGAUCCAGGGCCCUGCUCCACGCUGAUGUCAUCCUGCUGUUCGGAGCCAGACUCAACUGGAUCCUGCACUUUGGCCUCCCACCUAGGUUCAACCCUCAUGUGAAAAUCAUCCAGGUUGACCUUUGUGCCGAGGAGAUGGGGAAUAAUGUGAGGCCCGCCGCUGCUCUGCUUGGUGACGUCAACGGCAUCGUCACUCAGCUACUGGAGCAGAUCACGAAAGAGGGCUGGAAGUAUCCAUCCAACACGGAGUGGUGGAGCAGCCUGAAGGAGAAGAUGGCUGCCAAUGCAAAAACAUCACAGGCUCUGGCUCUUCAGGCGGUGGAGCCCAUGAACUACUACACACUGUUCCACCACAUGGCCCAGCUGCUGCCACCUGACUGCAUCAUCGUCAGCGAGGGCGCCAACACCAUGGACAUAGGACGCACCAUGCUGCCCAACUCUCUGCCUCGACACAGGCUGGAUGCUGGGACCUUUGGUACAAUGGGAGUCGGUCUUGGAUUUGCCAUAGCAGCCGCAGCUCUGGAGCGGGGCCAGGGCACAGGCCAGAGGGUGGUGUGUGUCGAGGGGGACAGCGCCUUUGGGUUCUCCGGCAUGGAGGUGGAGACCAUGUGCAGGUAUAAGCUGGCUGUUGUGAUUAUCGUGGUUAACAACAACGGGAUCUACAGCGGUGUAGACCCUGAGACAUGGAGUGAGAUGGCCAAGAUGGGAGAUCUGACCACCAUAGCCCCUCCCGUGACCCUGCUCCCAGAGGCGCGUUAUGAUGAGGUCAUGAGAGCUUUCGGGGGCCAGGGGUUCCUCGUGCGGACGGUGGAGGAGCUGCACAGCGCUCUGCAGGCCAGUCUGAGUUACUGGGAGGGGCCCAGUCUGAUCAACGUCCUGAUCGACCCAGCCUCGGACAGGAAGCAACAGGAGUUCCCCUGGCUCACCCGCUCCCACCUCUGACACCCUCUCAUCACCGGUUUUGGGACUAAUUCUUUGAUUGCUUGUAAGAAAUCGACAAAUUCCUGCAACACACUAGUAAUAGAGAACUAUAUAAAUUGAUAAUUUCAUAAUAAAAGUCUGUCUGUCUGUCUCUGUCUCUCGAUGCCCAUCUUCUUGGAAGGAUGUUUAAUGAUGAACUUUAUUUAUAAAGCCCCUUCAUUCAUAAUACAGCUAAUGAAGGGCUGUACAAUACAGUUGAACAUUUCUUAUAAAUUCCUGAACUUUAGUAAGUCUAGGCCUAUCCAGUGUAUGACGGUGAUCUACAUGCAGACAGUUCAGAAGCUAAUGGUUUGCUCACUAACGUAUAACAACAUAUUCUGCACAUCAAUAAUGUGUUGUCAGGUCAGGGCCCAGUUUCCCUAUAACGAUGGAUCUUCGCUCGUACGAUCAUUCUCUCGAUGGAUCUUUCGAACCAUCGUUAAUUUCUUUGGAGCGUUUCCCGAAACUCUUAACAUGAACGCGCUUUCACUGCACUCACGACGUUCGUAGGAUUGUACCUGUCCACUUACAUGGUGCUGAAACGGGCUAUGCAGACGCUUAGGGGGAGACGCAGGAAUGUCGCAGGAAAAUGGGGUUAAAAAGGGUUAAAAUAUCUCCCCAUCAAGGCCAACCGCAGAGCUGAAUGCUAAAGAUAUUAAAACACAAUUGAUUAGGCCUAGGCCAACAUAUAUAUCAGUCCUAAUCCUGAACGCACUGUGCAUACAUUUAUUCACGGCAUUUCCCCCCCUGAAAUAAUUCCAUAUUACAAAAAUCCAAAAUAGCUUGUGUGACAACUAGGCCUAC